CCAGCAGCAGCAGCAGCAGCAGCAGGCCCAGCAGCAGCAGCAGCAGCAGCAGCGGGGGAGGAGGACUUGGAGGAGCUGGAGAUUCUUCCUAAAGAAAGAAAACAGAAAUUCAAACACUUCAUCAACCAGUUCGACCUCAUCGUCUGCGACGCCAACGGGAACCGCGUCGCAGUGGGGGGCCACUGCGUGUCGGUGCGAGGGUCUGAGGGCGCGAGGGUUUUGAGGGUUUGCGACGAAGGCGAGGGUUUGUAUAAAGUGUUUUAUGUGAAGCUGCAGAAGCAGGGUUUGCUGCCGUUCACGAGCUGCCGGCUGGACAUUUUUCUUUUUGAAAAACCAAUUUUGUCUUCUCCAUUAAAACCCUUAAUAGCGAAUUUGGAGGAGGUGCAGCAAAUGUACAAAGCAGCAGCAGCAGCCACCAAGAUCGGGGCCUCAAUCAAUCUUUUUGAGAAGUGUUUACGGGAGGGACUUCAUGACAAGGCAGCUCGCAUCCUGGAGGCGGUUCAGAACACCUUUACUUCUCAAGAGACACGGCGGGAGGUUGAGGAGGGUUUGGCUCGGAUAAAGUUGGGAGAAGCCCUUGGCGAGGGUUUAGCAGCGCAGCUGCAGCAGGAGGCGGAGGAGGAGCAGCAGCUGCAGCAGCAGCAGCAGCAGCAGCAGCAGCAGCUGCC